AACGAUUUUUUUGUUCAGUUGUGCAAAGUGCACUGUGAAAACAAGUAACGUAAAAGUGUGCAAAUAUGGUCAGAGAAAUUAUAAGUGAAUAAAUAAUUCGAUUUUUACCUAUUUGAAAUUGAAAUUAAUAAACAUACUAAUUAUGCAAGAUAGAAUGGUAACCAUGAAUGAUUUGUACAACAAAAUUCGAAGUUCUUAAAAUCGGCUAUUUUUCCUUUUUUGCAUAAGAUGUGUUUUUAAUCACAGAAGAUUAAAACGAAUAUAAAAUAUAUUUACUUAAAAGAUUUCGAAAUUUAAACGACGCCAAAUUUAAUAUCUUAUUAAUAAUUUUGUAAUUCAGCGGCUACAAUAAAACACAUUCUAGUGCUUCAUUUCCGCAUAUAGAUUGCAUAAUAAGCGUGUCUCUUUCACUUCUGACAAUUGUUGAUGUAGAAUGAACAGAUUGCAGCAAAAGUGGGACGAAGUUCGAAAAGAGUAAACAAAUAGUAAAACGAAAUUAUUUAAAUUAAUUUUAAAAUGAAACAUGCAAUAUAUGUUACUGAAAUGAACUUACUCAAUAUCCCUAAACUAUUUCUACGACUAUUUGCCGCCUACGAAUUAUAAAAAAAAAUUGUGCAGCUAUUCUAGCAACAAAAAUUUUGAUUUUUCCAUAUAUAUAUGUAUAUGCAUGUGUGAGUGUGUUUCUAAGAUAUGUUUCAUAAAUAUAUUAACUAAAAAUGCGUUCAACUAUAAAUAAACUAAUGAGAAACCGAAGGACGCUAAGAUUUUCGUUAUAGAAAAUGUUAACUAACAUAAUGCAGCAUUAUUUAAACUAAAUUGGACUUUUUAGACGUGCGCUGUGUUGAUGAAUGAAUAACUUCUAUUGGAUUAUUUUCAACAUUUUCAUUCUAAAUUUAUAGUUAUAGUAAUUUAUUUAUUUUAAACAUAUUAAACGUACCGAAAAUCAACGUAAAAUCAUAAAUCAAAAUGGCUCGGCACAUAAUGGCCGUAUGUGUCGUUUGUCUCCUAUGUGCUGAUCGCUUGCCGUGUCAACAGCAUAUUGAAGGAAUUUUCCCAGAAACACAACAACUACCUAACCCUCAUCCUAACUUGAACGCUAAGGUCUACCAGCAUGCUGAUUUUGUAAAAAAUCCCCCUCAAAUCCAAGCCACCGAUAAGCAUUUUCCUAAUAAUUUUGAGGCGAGUAAUAAAGUAAGAGAACAAAAGAACCAUAUCCACCAUAGACGUAAACGACACGUUGGGCAUGGCGACGAAAGAGUUCGAAAUCUUAGACCCGAAAUAACUGACGAAUUUUUAGUUCGUAUAUUUAGUGAGUAUGGUCAAGGCGAUGGACGAAUUAGUGCUAGCGAAUUUAAACGCAUGUUGAAACAAUUGGGAUUGCAUCAACUGCUGGAGACGCAUUUUAUCAAAGAAGCGAACAAUGAAACCUGCAUUUCAGAUUCGAAAUUAAUGCAUCAUAUACAGUCGCACGAUCUAAGUCACAAAAAUCAUAAUCAAAACAAAAUACCAGACCACUCGCAUCAGCAUGAUGAACUGACACGGAAAGCAGUCAAUUGCACUUUACGUUCAAAUGGUUCUACUUCAGUUUCAUUGCAUGAACAUAACCAUAUACAUUCGGAAGAUGAAACAGAGGGAAUACACAUUGCUUGCAGUUCGAAUUAUUCAUUAAGUGCUGAAGAUGUGAUAAAUAUAUGUCCAGUUUUACUUUAUCAGUUGGCUUCGCCAUCUACUGAUGAACGUACUGGUUGCAUUAAAGGUUCAGUUUUAUCCAAUGUUGAUAAAUAUGAAGCUGCGGAUUAUGACCAAAAUAAAGAAGAUAUUUUUCACGUUUGGGUUUAUGCGUUUGUAUCAGUGUUCGCCUGCUCUAUAUUGGGUUUAGUGGGAGUAGCUAUAAUUCCAUUUAUGGAUUCGCGUUAUUAUAAGCAUAUUAUACAGUAUCUGGUAUCAUUAGCUGUAGGUACGAUGACUGGUGAUGCGUUGCUACAUCUUUUACCACAUGCGAUUGCAGGUCAAUCAGAGAAAAAUAUGGUAUUUAAGGGUCUUGCAUGCAUGGGCGGUAUAAUUUUUUUUUAUAUUACUGAACACGGUUUAACAAUGAUUUCUGAAUGGCGAAAAAAAAUAGCAAAAAAGGAGACCAAGCAACCGUCAAGGGCCAAAGUAGUAAGAGAUCCAGAUUCUUCAAUUAACAAUUCUGUAGCUGGUGAUAAAUUGUGUAAAUCCAAGUAUAGUUCAUAUCCAUAUUGCUAUGACGAAAUUGCAAUGGAUUCGAAAAAUGAUGUAUGGCUUCAUUAUCCUAAUAAUACAAGUGCUGGUGAAACUCUUGAUAUUGUGGGUAAUAUCAGUGAUCGUAGACGAAACACGAAAACAGAAGCAGAUGUUUGUGAAAUGGCAGCACAAUCUUUGUUGUCAACUUCACAAAAUAAUUAUGCACCAAUGACAGAACUGAACAAUCAUCAUCAUAACCAUAACCAACAUCAUCAUAAAGAUCAUCAGCAUCAUUUACCUGAUAGUAAUACUAUCUCCACUGAUUUGGAUGGCAAUUCUGUUGGCGAUUUAAUUGGGACUGGGACUGGGACUGGGACAGGAACUGUCAAUGGCAAUAAUUGUGCAAAAGAAAAGUCUACCGGUAACGACACAGUGACUGUUAUAUUACGUGAACACGAAUCUUCUCACCAUGGACAUAGUCAUAAACAUGGUCAUGUACACUCACCACCUGAGUCACUAAGCGCGGUAGCGUGGAUGAUAAUUAUGGGCGAUGGUCUGCAUAACUUUACUGAUGGCAUGGCUAUAGGCGCAGCAUUUGCAGAAAAUAUUGCUGGCGGAUUUUCGACAUCAUUGGCCGUUUUUUGUCAUGAACUGCCCCAUGAACUCGGUGACUUUGCGAUAUUAAUAAAAGCUGGUAUGUCCGUUAAGUCUGCGGUGUACUAUAAUUUGAUGACCGGUAUACUAAGCUUCAUAGGGAUGAUAUUCGGUAUCGUGUUUGGACAAUCUGCGGAAGUGGCACAAUGGAUGUUUGCAGCAGCAGCUGGUCUUUUUAUUUAUAUAGCUUUAGUUGAUAUGAUGCCUGAACUAUCAGCAGCGCACAAAUCGAUCGAGCAAUUUGUACUACAAAUACUUGGAAUGAGUAGUGGAGUUAUAUUAAUGUUAUUCAUUGCAAUUUACGAAGAUGAUUUAAUGAAUGUAUUUUCCGCAACAACUACAGCGAUCCACGAUGUUCACUGAUUCGGUCACUAAUUUUAGUAUAAAAAUAAGUCUAUAAUAAUAAACCUCAAUAAAUUAUAUAUUGUAUUUUUCAUAUAGGUAUUACAGUUUCAAUCUAAAAUAUUUAUAUAUUGUAUGCAGUCCACAAAAAUUACAAUGUUAUUAUUCGCACUUCACUGAUUAUUUAAAACACACAAACAUAAACAUUGAAAAAACACUCAUAUAAUCUAAUCGCAAAGUUAAGCAAUUGUAUUUUGUAUUUUAUAUACUUUUAAUAGUCCUAAUAUGCACGCAAUAAAUAAUCGAGUAGUUAAAUAGUCCUGUAAAUGUACUUGAAUACUGAAAAUUGUGAGUCUGACACUAAACACAACACGUACACUUUGCAACAGGAUUUGUUUUUUAUGUAAUAAUUAUAGUAGCAUAUUUUACAAUAUACAAAAUAAUAAGGCUCACAAAACUAAAACUAUUUCAAAAGUAGAACUAGAAAAAAAAUUAUAAUUGUUGAACAUAUAGAUUUUCUUAAAUUAGUUUUCCUAAACUAUAAGAAUACUAGAAUUUAAAUACACUCCUUUUUUAAUUUACAAUAUAUAUAAGCUA